CCAUCUUGCCACAAAAUGAGUCGCAAUGUUUUGGCGCCACAUACUCAGCGCAUGAGCCACAAUCGCAAUCAUCGCGUUCACGUCGUUCACGACUAUUUCGGUGGAAGCAAGUGGAAUUGUGUCAAUCAGACAACUGCAAAAGGAUACGAGGAACCAGAUCUUUAUGCUGACGAAGAUUUCGAGGAGGACGGCACCGACUGCAAUGUUGAGGAGCUGUCCAAUGGCAGCUACAAGCUGGCGCUGCAUGUGCCCAAAUCCUUCUAUGGUAGUCUGAUUGGGUUCAAGGGCGCCACAAAGCGUCGCAUUGAAUUGGAGACGCAAACAGAGAUUUAUGUGCCACGUCAGAACGAGAUUUCCACUGACUUGGUUAUUCAGUCCAAGGAGCGCAGCAACGUUUGUGCUGCCUUGCGCAAAAUUCGAUUGCUCAUCGAAUCGCUGCGCAAACGAAUGCGGCCAACACAUUUCCUGGACGUUGCGCUAAACUCGGGCGGUGUGCAACAGCGAUUCCUAAAGCUAAAGCAAAACAAUUUGGAUGCACAACUGCCGGGCAUCGACCAGGAGCUUUUUAUUCCGGCCUGUAUGCAGCGGACAAUAACGAUCCCGAUAGCAUCAAACUUCACAUGACGCUGCUAAACAGUCGAUAUACCAAUAAGAAACCCAAUAAGAAUGAAAGCAACAGCUUCGAUGCACGUGAGAUUCUUAAACGCUUUGGCGACUAUGACUUUGGCAAGGCUCAGUGCAACGAGGUGCACAUGUGUGUGUGCAAAUCGUACUGUGAAGGUGAUGACUUCUAUAAGACAACGGGUAGUCUGAAAUUUUAAUCAACUGUCCAACUAAAACUUGUAAUAUGGAUGGUAAACAUCCAGCUUAUAGUCCAAU